GGUAAAGUCAACGGCGAUAAUUACGUGUUCCGUGGAAUUGGCCGCAGUAGACUUUGAGUUUGCCGAUGGUUUUUUUGGUGCAGUUGGCCCAACCGUAAUAAUCACUCAAAAGGGAAAGACUCCGCAUGUAUAAAUGAAGUAGAUGACCCUCGCAAGUUUGCACAUGGUGAAGCAGAAGAAACAGAUAAACGCACAAAACACCAUUAUAAACAUGAAGUGUCUGUUAUUGUGUAUGUGGACUUGGGUGCUGUUGGUAUUGAUGGGAAGUGGAAGAAGCAUGGGGUGCUUGGAAGAAGAGAGGAAUGCACUGCUCAUGAUUAAGGCCGCCUUCACCCACCCGAAUGGGUCUUCUCUUCCGUCGUGGCGCGAUGGCAAUGGUGACUGUUGCGGCUGGGAACGCGUGGAGUGCGAUAACACCACUUCGCGAGUGACUGGACUAUAUUUGAACGAAACACGCUGGGGGGAAUUUGGGGAUCACUAUUGGGAAUUGCCUAGGCUGGUUAUUGACGCGUCUUUAUUCCUUCCCCUGGAGGAACUUCACGUGUUGGAUUUAAGUGCUAAUUUUCUCUCAGAUUUAAAUGGAACGCUACACUUGAGGAAAUUGAAGAGGCUAGAUCUAUCUGAAAAUUAUCUACAACGAGUCCCCUCAUUGUACAAGCAAACUUCAAUGGAGGCCCAAAAUUUUUCUUCCAACCAGCUUGAAGGUUUAUGCGGAUUGAGAAACCUUGAAGAGUUGGAAAUUAGUCGCAAUGGAUUUUGGGGUCCUCUUCCUUCAUGCUUCAGCAAUAUGACCUCACUCCGUGCGCUUGAUGUUAGUUAUAACAAUUUUAGCGGGGCCAUUCCUUCGUCUCUCCUCUCCAAUCUCAAGUCACUUGAAUAUAUUGACUUUUCUGGAAAUGCUUUUGAAGGCUCACUUUUGCUUGCUUCCUUGGCUAACAAUUCUAACCUUGAGCAUUUCCACCUCAUCGACAACCAUAAUCGUCUGGUAGUAAAUACAGAAGAGCACACCUGGUUUCCUUCAUUUCAACUGAAGGUGUUUCGUUUAUCAAAUUGUGUGCUCAACAAAGACGCAAGUGGCGUAAUUCCCAGCUUUCUGAAAAAACAAUAUAACUUGAGCGUUGUUCAACUCAGCCACAAUGGAAUGACAGGAAAUUUCCCAAGUUGGCUAUUGGACAACAAUGUAAAUCUAGAACAGUUCGUACUCAGAGGCAACAAUUUGUUAGGUUCAUUUUAUCUGCCUUUCAAUUUGAAUCUUGUUAGCUUAUGGAUUUUCGAUGUGUCUGCUAAUUUUAUGGAAGGAGAGCUUCCAUCUCAUAUUGGUUCUAUCCUCCCGAACAUUGGCUAUUUGAAUCUGUCAAGCAACAAUUUGAAAGGUGGAAUCCCUUCCUCAAUGGGCAAUAUGCACUCGUUGUCCACAUUGGACUUGUCGAAUAAUGGCUUCACGGGAGAAAUACCAGAGACAUUGGCUAAAAAUUGUUCGCAACUUUUGGUAUUAAAACUGUCAAGCAACAAUUUGCAAGGCCAAAUGCUACCGAGGUAUUCUAACUUGACAGGCUUGGAAUUUUUGUAUUUGGACGGCAAUCGUUUUACAGGGGACAUAUCGCCUGGUAUAUUAAAUAUCCCCUUCUUGCAAGUUUUAGAUGUAAGUAAUAAUUCCCUAUCUGGAACACUUCCCAAUUGGAUCGGAGAUAUUCAACACUUGAGAGCACUUAUACUGUCAAGUAAUUUACUAGGAGGUCCUUUACCGUUGAGCUUAUGCAACUUACAGUAUCUCGAUAUUUUAGACCUUUCAAGUAACAAUCUUGGGCCGAAUAUACCCCCUUGUGUCAAUGUUACAAUUAUGAGUUUCUUGCAUUUAGCAAAUGACACUCUUGCUGGGCCUUUUCCUGAGUUUCUUUUAAGAGCUUCAUCGAUUGUCACGUUGGAUCUGAGAGAUAAUGUAUUGUCAGGUGAGGUCCCCAGCUGGAUCGGUUCACUUCGAAACUUGAAGUUUCUUCUACUACGAGGAAACAAUUUUGAAGGUUCAAUCCCUCUGGAUCUAUGUCUGUUGAAAAAUAUGAGCAUAUUGGAUCUUUCCAAUAAUAAUCUUUCUGGAACAAUUCCUUCUUGUUUGAAAGAUUUGACAUUUGAAAACGCUGGGGUAUCUACGAAGGCAUUUGCUACCUCGUUCCUUUAUUUUGGUUACGGGGACUCAUACUAUAUGGGCAGAUUCGGUUUAUAUUAUUCGUAUGAUGACAUAUAUGUUUAUACAGAUAGAUUCGAAGAAGUACACUUCAUGACAAAGAGUAGGUUGGAAUCUUAUAAGGGCAACAUUCUAAAACUCAUGUCGGGAAUGGAUCUCUCGCAGAACAAUUUGACUGGCUUUAUUCCUCCAAAGGUUGGCUACUUAAGUGAACUUCGAGCAUUGAACUUGUCACACAAUCAUUUGAAGGGAACGGUCCCGGAAACAUUUUCCAAGUUAAAGAACAUAGAGAGUUUGGACCUGUCCUUCAAUAACUUAACCGGUCUCAUCCCUCCACAACUAAUAGAGCUUUACACGCUAUCAGAUUUUAGUGUGGCUCACAACAACUUGUCAGGCAGGAUACCAGAUCGAAAAAAUCAAUUUGGAACUUUUGGUGAAGUAAGUUAUGAAGGUAACCCUCUUCUUUGUGGAGCACCAUUAACCAGCUGUGAUGACUCCGAUCAGGAACAGGGGACACAACCACCUUUUAAUCAUACCAGGGAGGAUGACUCCUAUAGAGAAGCCUUCUUGUGGAGUUUUGCAGGAUCAUAUGUGGUGGCGUUCCUUGCGGUAGUUCUUUUUCUCUACCUAAACUCGUACUAUCAGUGCGUGCUGUUCGAGCUUGUUCAUAAGCUUAUCCCAUCGUUUCCCAAUUAGAGAUUGCUCUUCUAAUUAUUUUGUGAUUGAAAAAUAUGAUGAAACAAUGGAGAACCUUUAUUUAAUAGGAUUGUAAGCAUUUGAGUCUUUAUUAUGGAUUGGGAACGCUUGGCUCCUAGAGAGUUCAUAUUGUAUUCCUUGUCCUGCUAAUUUGAAUACUAGGAGAAUUGAUUUGGUUGUCAAUUGAGAGAGGAUAGUUUACUUCACAACCAAAAUGAAUCCAACAUUAACAAAUUCCUGUAAAUGUUACCCAAGAUGUGAAUUAUUUGAUGGCUGGGACCAGCAACAUCAAACCAACCGGGUUUUAGUGU